AAAAUUAAUCACAGCACACCCUGUGAUGAUGAUGGUGGUGAUGAACAGAUAAAUACCAAUUUAAUGAGUGCCAUGAAAAGCUGGAAAUGCUGGACAUGUCUUCUCUAAGCUCAUUUUUCUCUGGUUAUUAGCCUGCUUUGGCUGAGCGGCCAAAAAAAGGAGAAGUUAGUGUGGUGAUAGCAUUCGGGGCUGAAUCAUUCUGCCCAGAAGUCUUGUUUUAGACGCUGGUAAGCGCAGUCAUUUCCAAAGUGUGAACCUGAUCAGUGUGGUCAUUUCGACAGUGUGAAGUGAGACAGGGAGCAGGAUGCUGACUGUGGCUCUUCUCCUGCUCGUUCUGCAAACUGCAGCACAAGAUCCCCAGAGCCCCUUCACACUAGUGAGAUCUGUCUUUCCUACUAUAAAAGAGGGCAGUAGCUACUUGUUGCCAUGCCUACUGACAGACCCUGCUGCCACAGAGUUCUCACUCCGUAUGAAAAACGGUAGCUCCGCCCCUGCCGGGAUGAACUACACCGCCGACCCCGGGAAGGGCAUCCUGAUUCACGACCUCCGGCCCAGCUACAGCGGGCAAUAUGUCUGCUCCGCCAAGAUAAAAGGAAAGGAGGAGGUCUCCAGACCCUUCCUCAUCAAAGUCUCUCAACGGUUACGUCACCCCCCCAAUGUGUCACUGGACAAAGACGAAUAUGUGCGCCUUGUAGGGGAGGAGCUGAUGAUCACCUGCACCGCCCACAACCCCAACCUAAACUAUUAUGUCACCUGGCGCUCCACUGGCCUGAUAUUAAGUCCCAAGGAGACCGUGGUUAAUGAUAAUGGUCGGUGGAGCACCAGGAGUGUUCUGACGAUACCCGCGGUGAAUGUUUCUCACGCGGGGAACCUGACCUGCUCGGCUGGGAAUGAGGCGGGGGUCAACUAUUCCACCGCACGUCUGCAGGUCGUAGAUCAACCGUACAUAUGGCUCUCUCCUGGGUCAUCGCCUGGCAAAAACGGGACAGCUAUCGAGGUGAACGAGGGCAAGGACCUGGAGCUGAGGGUAUGGAUCGAAGCGUACCCUGAGAUCGAGGUCAAAUGGUGGGACACGCCCAAAUCUCACAACCACUCAAUGGAGUUUCACCAGCAUAAUAACAGGUACGAAGCUGCUUUGCUCCUGAAGAGGAUGCAGGCCGGAGAGCAGGGCCAGUAUGUCUUCCACGCCAGGAGCUCCAAGGUCAACGCCUCCAUUGCCUUUCACGUGAAGAUGUUACAGAGGCCAAGUGCUAUGCUGAGAUUGGAGAAUGCCAGCACCCUCAUCUGCACCUCCUUUGGAUACCCAGCUCCCAGAAUUUCCUGGUACAGGUGUUCUGGAAUCAGAAGCACGUGCGAUGAGAACGAGACGCAGGGGGCGGAGCCACUCGUGGAGGACGCGGUGCUGGUGUGGCACGAGGAGUACGGGUCGGCAGCGGUGAUGAGCGUGCUGACCCUGCCGUUGUGCGAUCACAGGACGACCGUGGAGUGCGUGGCCUUUAACUCUGUCGGGAAGAACCGAAACACCUUUGUCAUGGAUGUGUCCCAAGCUUGGUCGUCUAAGAUCAUCACCCCAUCUCUGGCUGGGGCAGCCGGCGUCCUCUUACUUCUGAUGAUCGUUCUUCUCUACAAGUAUAAGCAGAAACCGAAAUAUGAAAUCCGGUGGAAGAUUAUAGAGGCCAGUGACGGGAACCACUAUACCUUUAUUGACCCCUCCCAGCUUCCUUACAGCGAGAAAUGGGAGUUCCCCAGGGACCAGCUAAAAUUGGGGAAGGUGCUGGGUGCGGGAGCUUUCGGGAAAGUGGUGGAAGCUACGGCGUAUGGCUUGGGAAAGGAAGAGAACGUGCUCCGUGUCGCGGUGAAGAUGCUCAAACCCACCGCUCAUUCUGAGGAGAGAGAGGCGCUGAUGUGUGAACUGAAGAUCCUCAGCCACCUGGGCCAGCACAGGAACAUAGUGAACCUCCUGGGCGCCUGCACUCACGGAGGGCCAGUGCUGGUGAUCACGGAGUACUGUAGCCAUGGCGACCUGCUGAACUUCCUGCGGAGGAGGGCGGAGUCCUUCCUGAACUUCACGGUGAACAUGACGGGUGCCCUGGAGAGGAGCGGUGACGGCAGGGGUGACUACUCGAACCUCGCCAUCAAGAAGCCGUACAUUAGAAGUGAUAGUGGAAUCUCCUGCACAUGCUCUGAUGAAUAUCAGGACAUGAAGCCUGCGCGAAGGCUGACAGCCUCCUCACAGGAUCCCUGCGGCGAGGAGGCGGAGCCAGACACCUGGCCACUGGACAUCAACGACCUGCUGGGGUUCUCCUUCCAGGUGGCGCAGGGGCUGGAAUUCCUGGCAUCCAAAAACUGCAUCCACAGAGACGUCGCAGCCAGGAACGUCCUGCUGACAGACUCCCGCAUCGCAAAGAUCUGUGACUUUGGCCUGGCCCGAGAUAUUAUGAACGACUCCAACUACGUGGUGAAAGGAAAUGCCCGGCUGCCGGUGAAGUGGAUGGCACCGGAGAGCAUCUUCGACUGCAUCUACACCGUGCAGAGUGACGUCUGGUCCUACGGCAUCCUGCUGUGGGAGAUCUUCUCCCUAGGGAAGAGCCCCUACCCUGGCGUACCAGUGGACUCCAGGUUUUACAAAAUGAUAAAAGAUGGUUGCCAGAUGUGCCAGCCAGAAUUUUCCCCCACAGAUAUAUAUGGAAUUAUUAAAGCAUGCUGGAAUCUUGAGCCCACAGAGAGGCCGACCUUCAGCAAGAUCGUCCAGACCAUGGGACACCUGUUACAUGACCCAUCUGAGCAGGCAUACGAGAACGUGCUGAUCGAUGUGCCGGACCACCAGCCAGAGUCAUGUCACUCUUGUGGAAGUGGGGAGGAGUCAUGUCACCAGUCAUGUGACCGUGAAGAUGAGGGACAACCACUGAUGAAUGCCAACAACUACCAGCUAUGCUAAAAGACUGGUCACCUCUGAUCAGUCUGGUCCGUCAUCCUGAGCCCACGGUGCAUUGACUCACAAUAUACUAAAUCUAAUCCGGAGUGCAGCUAUCCUCUAAUACCUCUCUGCUUUAUUCUCUAUACUUUCUCUGCCCUAGAGCUAACUGGAUAGAUCAGGUCAGCUUCCAACUUUCUGACUCAGAAAAGAGAAAUAGACAAGAGAAAAGUAAUAGAAAUCUGGGAUGGUGCUCGGAAAUCCUAGGCAGUGGAUUCGGAUCUUUGUCAGCCUCACAAUUAGUGUCAUUCUGCAUUUCCACAUUUUUACUGCAAUUGAAAUGUUCCAGAUUUUCAGUUUCAGAAAUAAACCCAUUUGCUGCUUAGAAACACACUCAUCAAGGUUCAUUUUUCUAUUUCUAAGAUGGAAUCCAGCCUUUUAUUUGAAUUCAAUGGAAACACAUAACAGCAGACAUUACAUUGCAAAAUAUUAUUCCUAAUGGAGCUCCUGGCGAGGAUGAAGUUCCAUUAUUAUGUUGUUUAUAUGAUGGCAAUGAGAAUGAUGGUAAUAUUCACUGAUCAAACAUCAACAGCAAUAAGCUUAUUAGAAGCAGCAAUACUUCUUGAUGAAGAAUGAGGGAAAAGACACAUACAAUUGACUGUCAUAUUAAUAUAUUAGCACAUAAUUACCCAUAAAUAGUUGUUUUUUAUAUAAAUUUUAGUUUUGAUAUAAUGCAUAAUUGCUUCCAUAUCAUUUUCAGUUUUUCAAGUUUUUUUUCUUUCUAUAUUUUUACCUUGUUAACAUUUUCAGACUAACAUAAGUUUUAUUUGUUGUUUGAAUAAGCUGUCAACUUUUAUAUACACAAUAUACUGUAUCACUGUAUCAAUAUACUGUGCUGUUGUAGCACCCAGCAUACACUGUAGCACCCAGCAUACACUGCCUUCAUUUACAUUUUUUAUAUGCUUGUAUUUUUAAUAUGUAAAUGUUUUAUUUUUUUUAUUUUUUUUUCUAUUAAAUGUAUGGUACUAUUAUUUUUAUUUAGCAAUGAUGUAGAGGUGCUGCUGCUCUACUGGUAGAGUUCCACAGCUCUGGAAAAUAAUAAUAAUAAUAAUUAAGAGACCACAUAAAAGUUUCACUUUCGCAGUUCGAGGUAUGGUUUGUGUCUGUGUAAAAUCUAAAUUUUGAUAUUCUUCCAUAAACCACUGACCACAUUUCAUUUAAAUUCCAAGCAAAAAUAUUUUCAUUCAGAACAAUUAUUUGCAAAAAAUGACAACUGGUCAAAAUACUAAAAAUACACAGUGCUGUUAUACAUUGAAUUAUGCAACCUAAACAAGUUUAAACACAAAAGUAAAUAAUAAAAUGAACAAUGUCUUUGCUUGCAAUAUUAGAUGGAGUAACCUCGAUUCUUCAAAAAAUAUGGGGUAGGCUCUUUUGGAUUUUUUUUUCAGAGCUAUAUUUUCUUUGCAUAUUGAGCAGGUCACAAGUUUGUGCUUAGCUUUUUUCUCCACUACAACACACAUUGUCUAUAAAAUUCAAAAUAGAAGCAAUAUGGAAUGCAGUUUUUGACGUAUUCAAAGGUCAGACAUGGAAAGCAUCUAUUGUACUGGAUAUACAUUUGAAAUAUGUGAAGUUAUUAUAGGCAUAGUGAAUAAGCAUAAACUGGUUGCUCGGUCAUGUAAAUUACUGUAUACCAAACAAAAAACGAAAGGGGGGUUUCAUCACACAACAGUGGCAUUUUGUCACUAGUUAGUGUCGCAUUUGAGAAAGAGAGACUUUUUUUAUUUCUACACAUCAUCACUAACUUGGCUUUUAAUGAGGGUGAUGAUAAAUAUUGUGUAAAUAAUAAAAUUAUUUUAACUUGCUUAAUUUGAAUAUGUUUAAAGCAAGUAUUACACAAUUAAGAUGUCUAGGACACACCAUCAUAUGAGUUAUAUUGAAAUUCCCCUCAGUAUUUCAUGAAUUUAUUUUAGUCCUUUCAUUUUUUAUAUCUCUUCAGGUAAAACUAUGCUAUGCAAUGAGAAAACUGUUAUAAUGGCCUUUUCAUGUGUAUAUCAUGCUAUCAAUAAAUCAUAUGAUUGUGAAAAUCA